AUGGAUGGUUCCAACGCUGACCACAUGGCAACUGGCUGUGAUACUGGUUACUACACUCCUCAUUAUGCAGAAAUGACCGGACCAAAUGGGCAGAAUAUUUAUUCAACUGGUGGUGGGUCUGGACCUUAUUCCGGAACCGGUUCGGGAAAUACCAAUUUUAUUGGUGGUGGUGUAUAUGGCGAUGAGGAUAGCGGUGUUUCCUGUGGUCUUGAUAGCAGUGAUCUCAUUGAUGCUUUGGGCGGCCCCCAAGCAAUAUCUAUGCUCAGUGAUCAACAGCUAGAAGACCUUGGACGAACGCAAUUCACCUUUGUUAAUCCUCAGGCUGACAAUGAAAUGGCUACCACUUCUAUGAAUCUAAUAGUAGAAGAAGAUGAUAGAUCUCUUGAUGAAACUGAAAUAUUAAGAGUCACUGGGGCAAAGAGCCUAGAGUCCGUUAGGACCCUGUGUGUUCCUUGUUCUGGAUACACAAGCAUCGAUGCAGAAGCCCUAUGUCGUUGUCUUAAUUUACGGCAUUUGGAUCUAUCUGAAAAUGCCCUGCGUAUAUUUCCCCGCCGUUUGCAUCUUCCUCGCUUAACUCAACUUGGUUUAACUGGAAAUCGCUUUAUUCAUCUUCCAUUAAUUGAACAGUUUCCACAGCUAACGCGUUUAACGUUGGAUGAACGCAUGAAACAACUUUUAAAUCCUCAAAUGCUGGCCUAUUUUUGUCCACGCUUGAAGACAAUAAAUGAUCAACUUUUUGAUGAAGUUAGCACUGAUUUUACCCUCCGUAUUGUCCAAGAAGCCAGAGGGAUAAUUGAACCACAUAUACGAUCAAAAUGGGAAUCUGAAUUUGCCGAUCGUUAUCACACUGUCCGUGGUAUCGGUCAGAGGCGUCAUCUUAUCGAAAGUAUGGUCAAGCAUUUGAAAGAGAGAAACCUGCUCAUGGAUGAAACUAUAAGCAAAUAUAAGGAUCUUAUGCUAUAUCGCUUCGUCGAAGAUUAUCUGCGUUCCAAGCUAUUCGAGCAUUCUAAUGGCAUGCGUGAUGAAUCCUCUGAUAUGGAUCGUUAUAAGAUGUAUUAUGAAGGCCUUUCAAAGGAUGAUUCUUCUGACUUCGACGAAGACGAAGAGGCAGAGGCAGAAGCAAGAGCCGCGGGUAUGUGUGAUUAUGCAUUUUGA